AUGCCCACCGCCUCCAACUCAAUCGAUGCGCUGCUGAAGCCGCUCGUGAUCGGACAGCUGUCGAUGCCAAAUCGCUUUGUCAUGGCGCCCCUGACGCGCUGCCGUGCUGACGACGAACACGUUCCCACUCCUGCGAUGGUGAGGCACUACGCGGACCGCGCCUCGAUGGGUCUCAUCAUCACGGAGGCAACACAAAUUGAGAAGGGCUACUCCACAUUUUGCCACGAGGGCGGCAUCUACGGCAAGGAGCAGGUGGACGGGUGGAGGAAGGUGACGGAUGCCGUCCACGAGAAGGGUGGGCUCAUCUUCUGCCAGAUCCACAACGGUGGCCGCGCCACGGUGCCGUCGAACGUGGACGAGGGUGUGCGCAUCGUCGCGCCGUCUGCAGUUGCCAUCACCGACCACGAAUGCCCUGGUGCGUUCGCGCGGAAUGGUGAGAAGCAGCCGUACCCCGUGCCGCACGAGAUGACGGCGGAGGAUAUCGCGCUCUAUGUAAAACUCUACGCGACUGCCGCCUGUAAUGCGAUGGCCGCCGGGUUCGAUGGUGUGGAGGUGCACGGCGCGAACGGGUACCUGAUCGACGAGUUUCUCAAGUCGAGCUCGAACCAGCGCACGGAUGAGUACGGCGGCAGCAUCGAGAACCGGUGCCGUUUCCUGUUCGAGGUCUUGGAUGCCGUGAUUAAGGCGAUUGGCCGCGAGCGUGUUGGUCUGCGCAUCUCCCCCCUCAACAGCUUCAACAGCCAAAGUGACGAGAACCCGGAGGCGUUGACGCGGUACAUCUGCUCGCAGCUGAACUCUCGAAAUAUUUCGUUUCUUGAUGUGAUGCGCGGCGACUUCUUCAGCCAGGCGUGUGGUGCGGACAAGUGGGCACGCGAGGCGUACGAGGGUGUGUUGUUUACCGGCAUGGGCUUUGAGAUUGAGGAGGCCGCGGAGACGGUGGCGAGCGGUGCUGCCGAUGCCGUUGUGUUUGGCACGAAGGCGCUUGCAAACCCCGAUCUCGUUGCGCGCGCGAUCGCCGGUGCGGCGCUGAACACGCCUGAUCCUGCGACGUUCUACAGCACCAGCGAGGCGGGCUACAACGACUAUCCGUCCAUGGUGAGCUCGUGUCCCUCGGCCGCUGCUCCCUCGUGCACGAAGGAGACGCCUUGA